UUUCUCAACCGCAACAUGGCGCAGCUGAAAACAAAACGUUCCUGUAAACUUUCAUGUAUUAUUUACUCGACAUCAUGUAAAUCAUCCCGUAGUAAACUUUUCCCAUCACUCAUGUGCUUAUUAAUGAUAUUAAUCAGCUACAUAGCGGGUUCUGUGGCAGAAACAGAGACAUCUGUCCUGACAAUAGCAGACGCUAACUGGACGGUUACUAUGGAUGGAGAGUGGAUGAUAAAGUUUGUUGCCCCCUGGUGCCCAGCCUGCGCCCAGCUAAAGGAGCAGUGGGAGAGAUUCUCCCACCUGGCAGCAGCCAUGGGGGUUUCUGUUGGAGAGGUGGACGUCACACAACAGCCUGGUCUCAGCGGCCGGUUUUUGGUUACUACACUACCAACCAUCUUCCAUGCAAAGGAGGGCAGCGUGAGGAGGUAUGUGUCUGUCCGUGAGGUGGAAGAGUUCCGUGCAUACAUCGCUAACAGGAAGUGGGAGGAGGUGGAACCACUGCCUUCGUGGAAGUCUCCUUCAUCGCCUCUGAUGAGCUGCAUGGCAGGACUCUUCAGGCUUUCACUGUGGAUAAGGCAGACCCAUGGGUAUCUGACCAGGGAUUUGGGCAUGCCGCCAUGGGGCUCCUACCUUUUCUUUGCCAUAGCAACACUUGUCACUGGGCUGCUGAUGGGACUGGUGCUGGUCCUGCUUGCAGAUGGCAUCUGUCCUUCCCAACCGAAGGGAAAACGGGAGAAAGCAGAUUUGUGUGUUCGUAUCGCAAAGGAGAAGCAACCAUCAGAGGCAGAUGAGGGGGAGGUGUCUAAUAAGGAGGAGCCACAGACACCGAGACAGAGGAAGAAAGAGACACCCCAAACCUCCUAACACUAAGUGUUUUAUGUGUGGGGGGCAUUCAAUCAAUCAAUCAAACGUAUUUAUAAAGCCCUUUUUACAUCAGCAGUUGUCACAAAGUGCUUUUAUGAAAACACCCAGCCUGAAUCCCCAAGGAGAAAGCAACAACAGUGUUGAAGCACAGUGGCUAGGAAAAACUCCCUAAGAGGGGCCAAAAUAUUGAAAGAAACCUAGAACCCCUCGGAACCAGGCUCAGAGGGGUGACCAGUCCUCUUCUGGCUGUGCCAGGUAAACAUUUUAAGAGUACAAGUUGUAAUAAUAAAUGCAUGUGGGCUGUGUCCAGAGUCUAUAAAACCUAAUCCAGGUCAGAAGCAAGGCAUUCUGAUAGGUGUCCUUUUAUUUUAAAUCAACCAGUUUUUAUAACGUCCAAUAUUCUAGGGUUUAGGUCAAAAUACACAUUCAGUGCUAAAUGCAUACAUCCAUUUCAGUAAGGUUGUAUGAUUGCAGUAUUGGUUGAUGACUGUGACAUGGACCAUGUAAUCACCAAAAUAAAUAUUUGUACACAAUGGCUUAA